AGAUGGUACCUUGCAGUCCAUGUUUUUCACCAGCCACAUAUCCAUCAGAAGAUUACGUUGAUGAAAUGAAUCCUGAUGCUGCUGACAUUAAUUCAAGUCUGCAGAUUUAUAGUUCUGAGAUAUCAAGUACACAGUCAUCACAGUCAAGUACACAGUCAUCACAAUUAACUAGCACAGACUCAUGGAAACCUCCAACAUAUACUCGUGAUAAACUGAACAGAAGCAUGGAUAUACUGUCUAAUGGGAAUUUUAAACCACUGCGGUACUCCUUGACUCGACCAUUAAGCAACACUCAUCAAUCAACGAGUGAUUACAUCACACAGAAAGCUAAUGAGUGUGUUCAGUAUUUAUUUGAAUGUAUUGCACCAAACCAGACAGACGAAUUAAUGAAAUUAGUUUUCAAAAAAUAUUAUUCAAGUAAAACAGAAAACAAAGUAGAAGCAGAUGCAUUGACCCAGGCUGUAGUAAAAGCCUAUACAAAAGCAGAUGGUCAUCAGAGUCAGAUACAAAUUCUAUCUUUGAUUGUGAACAAUUUUAAAAAGACUGAUCUCUGUAAGCUAAUUCCAGGAUUGACAAAGUAUAAGAUUGAUACUGCAAGAAAAUAUGCUGCGACUCAUGGUCCUGGGCAAAUCAUAAACCCACCAAAGAUUCAUCAAGUUAGAAUGUCCAAGUUUCAGAUACAACACUUUAUUCAGUUUCUUUUUAGUCCAUCUUUUUCUCAAGCAGUAGGGUAUGGUUCUAAAACCCUUCACUUAUCAUCUGGACUGCAGAUAAAGAUACCUAAAAUGAUAAGAACUAUGAUUGCCUCAAGGAUUAUCAAUGCAUAUGAAACCUAUUGUGAAGACCAAGAAAUCGCUGUACCAUCCAAAGCAACAUUAUACAAAAUAGUCAAAGUGUGUGCUGCAUCACAAAAAAAAUCUUUAAAGGGGCUUGAUAGUUAUACUGCAGAUGGCAUGACGGCCAUUGAAACACUUGAAAAAAUUGUCUACCGCUUGGAAGAACAUUUCUCUGUUUGAUUUACGGGUAAAAGAAUACAACUUCAGUGAAGUACAGAGUGGAAAAGACUUGUGUGAUUCUAGAACUGGAACUUGUAGGAUGCAUGUGCUAAAAUUUGCUAAUGAAGGAAAUAAUAUUGAAAAUCCAGCAGAUUUGAAGAGAGCACUAGAGAGUAACAAAGGUGUUAGAAAUACCUUUGUAACACUAGUUGACAUUUCAGUUGAGAACCCACCUGUUUUGAUAGGGACAAUUAAACACUUCAAGAUCAGCAAGAUGUCAAACUUUGUUUUUGAGGAUCAAGGAAUCAGAGUCUAUCAAGCAUUUGGUAUAGGAAGUGGAUAUCUCAUCACAAAUACUAUACAAGAAAAGAUCUCCAGAAACCUCAGUUAUGAUGAGAGUAGGAUAAAGAUUAUAGAAGAGCCCUGUGAACAUGGUGAAGAAAUUAAAGACCAACAAAACUCAAGUUGAAUAAUUCAGUAGAGCAUGGAGAUUUAAGUUGCACAAUUCCUGGGUGUGUCAAGUCGUUUAGAAAACCUUCCACUCUAGAACAACAUCUUGCCAUUGGACAACAUAUUUACCAUGAAAAUGACAAAAUGACUGAUGUUGCCAUGGAAGUUUGGGCAGAGAAGUGCACCCAUGGUACCAAUAUAAACUAUAAUGAACAACAAGAUGAGGAUAAUAUUGUUAUUGGAGCAGAUUUUAUGGAUAUGCCAUCAAACUUUAAGUCUGGGUGGGCCUUAAAAUCAGAAAGGAAAUUUGUGCGUUUCAAGGCUUCAGUUAAGGAUUAUAUCAAACAAAUUUUUGAUGAAGGUGAGAGGACUGGCAAAAAGGCAAAUCCCCUUACUGUAGCAAAUAAAAUUCGAAAUGAAAAAAAACGACGAAGGGGGAAGAUUAUUUGCUCCUGAUGAUUGGGUCACAGCACAACAGGUUAGAGGUGUAUUUGCAAGCUUACAAUUAAAACUACAGAAACAGAACCCAGAACGUCCAGGAUUAGAAUUGAACUUAAAAACAGAAGUUGAUGAUGACUUGAAUGAAGUUCUAACAGAGUUAGAUGCUAUUGAGACUUUGAACAUUGUUGACUCUGUAACUGAACAAAUAUCUUAGGACCAAUGUGUUCAUUACGUCUUUAAGGAUUAUGUUUACUUUUGUUGUUCCAAUGCUAAACAUAUUGAAAUUUAAUAGAAAAUCUACAGCCUUCCUCUUGUACUGUUAUGUCUGACAAUUCUUUGCUUGAUACUAUAAAAGCUGAAAUUUUUGUGGCGGAUUUAAUUUCCUUUAUUUCGAGGAAAGAAUAUAUCCAUGAUAUUAAAUCCCCCACUAACAAGAUCUCUGUAUUAAAGUCUGGAUUUUCUGCAAAAAUUAAUAACUAAUAUUGCAUUAAACAAUGUUUCCCUUUGGUCAUGUUGGUAUAUGUAUAAAAUGGCACAUCUCUAUUAACAUGAUUAAUUAUUAUUUUUGCUGUUAUAAAAUUAUUGCACUUUGAAAAUUUAUUCAGACACCUACUGACAAAGCUAUGGAAGGGGUCAUAAACCUAACCACUUUAAAUUCUUAGGGCCAAUGUGUUCAUUAUGUCUUUAAUCACUAAAGUUUGUAGUUAACAUUCUUGUCUGUCUAUCUUUCUGUCCAUCUUUCAGUCCAAUAAGCUAAGGGCUAGCAUCUCUCAUCCGCAACUCCUCCUAAACAACUGAAUGGCUUUUUCACCUUGACCUCAUUCUAGUAACACUUUAUUUUUGUAUAGGAAUAGCAAAUUUCUAACCCUUCAUAGUGGGGACAAUGUUUGGUACAAACAUGUAUAAUUUGUUCUAAAAAGUAAUUUCCAUUCUGUUAUUAAGCACUCUUUUAAAUUUAAUUGAUAUAUACACAAGCUUUAAAUCAAAGAUAUCUCCAGCAACUCUUUUUAUAUACAAAGGUACCACUUGAAGUUUAGCAUCUUUAUGACUUGGGCAUUUCCAGUGAUGUAUAAAAAAGUUAAAGAACAUGAACAUUUAUAUGAUUUAUGUAAUGGGUAUUUACUUCACAUUACUAGUCAUGCUGGAUCUCUGAUACUGUCUGCAAUUAACUUUAUAGUAUUGAAGACUUAUUUAAUCACUUUAAAAAAAUUGUUCUAACAUGUGCUUGAUAAUCAUGAUAAUGUUGCUUGAAAUUGAUGUACAUGUAUUUAAAAGUUUUGUUCUGUUUCUUGUACUUGUAUUUCAUUUAUUUUUAUUUGUUAUUAUUCAUUAAAUCAUAAAAACUUUCAAAA